AUGGAAAAGUUGGAGCCGCAGCAGCAGUCCCGAAGCGGCACUGGGAAACCCGCGGCCAGACGAAGCUCUGCCAUCAUCUUUUCUCCCACACUCUCUCGCGACCCACGCAGCAUCCUCAUCUUCGACCGACCAGCUGCUAUCGCAGGAGCUUGUUGUUAUUUUGCUCCUCUGCAUAGUUUAUUCUCCUUGUAUAUCUUAUUCCCCCCUUUCACCUCCGCACACACCAUGACAGGUCGAGGAGGCGGCGGAGCCGCUCGCAAGACAUUGCUUGCGCCGAUUCAUUUCAUCUUCAAGCUUCUCCAGCAGCGAUCUACGGUUUCGAUCUGGCUUUACGAACAGCUUGCUUUCCGGAUAGAAGGGAAAAUUAGGGGAUUCGACGAGUUCAUGAACUUGGUCAUUGAUGAUGCGCAAGAGGUUAGAUUGGCAACAAAGACCGAGGAGGAAAAGCGGAGGCCGCUAGGUCAAAUAUUACUCAAGGGUGACAAUGUGUCACUGAUUCAGGCCGUCCAGUGA